AUGUCGCUAGACGACGAAGACAUUGAUUUCUCAGAUAUUGAGCAAAAAUACGCCGUACGAUUCGACGAGGGACUCGACCACGUCGUAGUCAUCGACAACGUACCUGUAGUAGACGACGCGAAGAAGGGGAAGCUCUUUGACAUCAUCCAGAAGCGAAUCAAGUCGCAAGUCGGCGUCGAUGUCGACAAGGAGCUCUUCCACAUGCCUUUUGGCUCAGAUGGCAACUCAAAGGGUUACAUGUUUGUCGAGCUCGCGAGCGCAGACGAUGCCGCCUUGGCCGUCAAGACGCUCGAUGGCUUCCCCCUCGACAAGCGCCAUCGCUUCGCAGUCAACCGAUUCAGCGACAUCGAGGCUCUCGCAGACAUCGAUGAGAACUUUACAGAGCCUCAGCAGGAGGAGUACGUGCCUAAUGAGCACCUUCGCUCAUGGCUCCUCGAUCCGCAAGGGCGAGACCAAGUCGUCAUGUGCCGCGGUAACGAAGUCGCAGUAGCAUGGCACAACCGCUCCUCACCGCCGCAAGUCAUCGACUCAAGACCAGGAUGGACAGAGUCAUACGUUCAGUGGUCACCAUUCGGUACUUUCCUUGCUACCCUCCACGGCCCUGGUGUUGCGCUUUGGGGUGGGCCGUCGUACAAGAAGUUCAUGCGCUUCAGCCACCGCGGUGCUCGCCUCGUCGACUUCUCUCCAUCAGAAAAGUACAUGAUCACCUGGUCGCACGAGCCCAUCGCUGUGCCCGAGAAUGCGCCUGUAGGACCUCAGCACUUCACCGCAGAGGACGAGGGCAACCGCGUAGCAGUAUGGGAGGUCAGGACAGGACACCUUCUCCGCACCUUCCCUAUGGCGCAGGAUGAGAAGAAGGGUUUCCAAUGGCCGAUGCUCAAGUGGUCAGGCGACGACCAAUACUGCGCCCAGGUGAUCCCGGGCAAGCAGAUCCGCGUCUACGAGGCUCCGUCAAUGGGCCUCCAGGACAAGAAGAGCAUCAACAUCGAGGGUGUCGUCGACUUUGAGUGGUGUCCGCUUGGCGACAAGGAUAGGGAAGCCAUCGAUGCCUGGGGAGACGGCUCGAACCCCGCAAAGGGAGCAAAGAAGCCGCGUGAUAACAUGAUCGCUUUCUGGGUUCCCGAGGUUGCCAACCAGCCCGCACGAGCAUCAGUCAUGACCAUUCCCAACCGCGAGAUUGUUCGCUCCAAGAAUCUCUUCAACGUCUCGGACUGCAAGCUUCACUGGCACCCGCAGGGCAACUACCUCUGCGUCAAGGUUGACCGACACACCAAGACGAAGAAGUCGAUGUUCUGCAACUUUGAGAUCUUUAGAAUGAGGGAAAAGGACUUCCCUGUCGAGGUCGUCGAGCUCAAGGAUCCCGUCACUGCUUUCGCUUGGGAGCCGCAAGGAUCGCACUUCGCCGUCAUCUCGAGCAACGACCCCAACCUGGGCAUGACCGCACCCGGUAUCACGAUCAAGACGCAGCUUAACUUCUUCCACCUCGACCCCAAGAAGGGAGACUUCCGCCUCCUCAAGAUGCUUGACAACAAGACGUGCAACACCGUCUUCUGGUCGCCCAAGGGACGCCAUGUCGUCGUUGCGACGCUCGGCUCAUCACAGAAGUUCGACCUCGAGUGGUACGAUGUCGAGUUCAACGCCGAGAUCCGUCAGGGUGCUGCACCCGUCGACCCGGCGGACGAGGUAAAGCUCAUCGGCUCGGGCGAGCACUACGGUAUCACCGACCUCGAGUGGGACCCCUCUGGCCGCUAUGUGGCUACGAGCGCAAGUGCGUGGCGUCACUCCCUCGAGAACGGCUACGCAGUGUGGGACUUUAGAGGCCAGGAGCUGCAGAAGCACGUACAGGACCGCUUCAAGCAGAUCCUGUGGCGCCCUCGCCCGCGCAGCCUGCUCAGCAAGGAGGACCAGAAGCGCGUGAGGCGCAACAUCCGCGAGCUGGGCAAGCAGUUCGAGGAGGAGGACCUGGCUGAGGAAUCCAACCUCGCGCUGCAGAACAAGGAGCUCUACUUGCGCGCCAUCGAUGAGUGGAAGGCAUGGAGGGCAUCAACCAAGGAGAGGCUGGAGAGCAAGAGGAAGGACAUGGGUCUCCCUCCGCUGCCGAGUGUUUCGGAGCAGCUGGAGCAGGAGGCCGAUCAGACUAUCGAGGAGGAGGUCGAGGAGCUCCUCGAGGAGACGGAGGAGGUAGUCGUUGGGUGA